AAUGGCGGCGGCCGCGCUACUUCGGGGCGCUGCUCCCGGACGCGGCUUGCCGGCUCGGCGGUGGAGGCUCCCCGUGGUCCCAAGGCGCUGCUGGGCUUACGGCUCUGGUCGUCCCAGCGGCGGCCCAGCCAAAGGCACCGACUGGACUUGCUUCCCGUUGGAGGAGCGCGCCCUGCUGCGCGUGCGCGGCCCAGACGCGGCACCCUUCCUGCUGGGAUUGCUGACCAAUGAGCUGCCGCUUCCGGAUCCCGCGGAAGGCGUAACUCGUCCUGCUGUCCGCUCGGUCUACGCCCACUUCCUGAAUGUCCAGGGCCGGACACUCUACGACGUCAUCUUGUACGGGCUCCCAUCGCCACCUGCUUUCCUCCUGGAGUGUGACCGCCUUGUAUUAGGUGAACUGCAGGAGCACCUGCUACGCUACAGGGUCCGGCGGAAGGUCACAGUUGAACUAUUCCCCGAGCUGUGUGUGUGGGCAGUGCUGCCCAGCUCCCCUGAAGCCGGUGAUGUGCUGCUGCCCAAGGGAGCUGCGGAUCCCACCAUCCUCACCCCAGAUCCCCGGACCAUACGCAUGGGCUGGCGGCUCCUCACCUGUGACAUGGCUCCAUCUCUACUGCCUGGUGGUCACCUUGGGGCCCUCCGGGAAUAUCACCGGCACCGGUACCUGCAAGGUGUUCCCGAGGGCAUCCGUGACCUGCCCCCGGGCAUGGCCCUGCCCCUGGAAUCCAACCUUGCCUUCAUGAAUGGCGUCAGCUUCACCAAAGGCUGCUAUGUGGGCCAGGAGCUGACUGCCCGCACCCACCACACUGGCGUCAUCCGCAAGCGUCUCUUCCCUGUGCGGCUAUCGGGCCGGCUACCUGCUAAUGGCCUGGUUCCUGGCUCCGUUGUGUUGACUGCAACGGGACAGCCAGCGGGCAAGUUCAGGGCAGGCCUGGAGGAUGUGGGGCUGGCCCUGCUUUGGUCAGAGCGCAUCAAGGGCCCUCUUCAUGUUCCCACCACUGAGAGCUGCCCAGUGGCUCUUACUGCAGCAGUGCCAGACUGGUGGCCUGUGGCAGCUAAGUGAGUCUGAUUCUGCUGGGACCUACCAUGCUGGUGAAUAUCAGCCAGGGCUCAAGCCCUGUUGGCCUGCCAUGUGUGGGCAGUAGGAGCUCCCCUGGGGAUGGCAGACGCUGGAAUGCACUGAAGUCACCCAGGCCCCUGCUGGGAUUGACCCUGGUGUGGAUGAACUGUGACUAGGCAACCCUGCAUGACUGGGUUGGAGGCUGGGUGCAGAGCCGGCCCUGGCUGGGGUUUCUGUUGUGCUUGGGCAGUGCUCUGUGGGGUCGGCCAGGCCAUGGAGGCUUAUAGAGGGGCACCCUCUGGAGAGGACUGGGGCUGUGUUUCUGGUGCACCUGUGUUCUGAGGCCUUGCCUUGGGGUUCUGCAGCUGCUGGGGUAGGGGGCACUUCUGGGGAAGGGCUUUCUGGUGAAUGACCUGUGGUCUCUUUGUGGAGGGGGAGGAGCUUGCCAUCCUGGGUGGGUGGGAGGCUCACCUUGACUUUGAGUGGAUAUUAAAGUGUGGCCUUGCAGCUUUGGAAAUUGCUUCAUUGUGGACCAGGUUAUCAGGCUGUACAUACCAGGUUAAGUAGACUUGCUGUGCUAUGGAUGGGCCCAGCCCUGAGACACACGUUGCAGGACACUGCACAGGCCUGCUAGUAUCUGGAUGAGCUGGGGACCCCCUGUAAGGACUGUAGUCCUGGAAGUGGUAGGGAUGGACUGUGAGUUAAAACUGCCUUUGGCUGGGGUGAGGGUCCCAGUGAGGUGGGCCCAGUGAGGUGAUGCAGCCUCUCUUAAGAUGUGUAGACAACUGGGCAGUGCUGACCCUGCUGGCCAGCACUAGAAUCAGAGCAUCACACUGUGAGCAGCAGUCGGGGUGUAGGGCUGGCAGUGCUGGGUGGGGGCUGCCCUCUCCCAUGGACUGGGUUGUACACAUGGCAUCUUGUGAUGGCUGGGGCUGGGCUCUCCCAGCAGUGGCUGCUGCCUGAGCAGGUGUUGCUACCACCCUGCUGGCCGCUGCUUUGGAACUGACCAGGACA